UUGACUGACGCUUUGUUUUAUAUCCAGCACCGCCCGGCCCCUUGUGUACGCUGCCCGGAUGGACUUGUGAAGCUGCGCGUCUGUUGCUGGCCGACCACUCCUCCGCCAGACGUGCUCAAUUGCCACUCACACCUCGCGCCGCCCUCAUCUCUCGCCCCCGCCGACCCGCCUGCAGCCAUCAUGGACGACGACGCGUGCUGCGACCGCUGUGUCGACGCUCAACGACCGCUUGACUGCCGUCCGCCUGCGAGCGUCCCCCGUCGCCAAAAGCAACAGCGCAUCUCGAAGACCUCGCUCGCCAUCUCGCUCGUCGCCGCCUCUCUCCCUGCGACUACAGCGCAGAGCUGCGUAUCGCUGCAAGGCUCGACCGCCUGCCCGGCCUUUACCAAUGCUUCCAUCAGUACCGGCUUGACGGGCGACUUUUCCUUCCUCUCAUUCGUAUCAGACGUGCAGACCUUCGACAAUCGAUUACGGGAGUAUAUCGCCACAGAUUACGCAAGGACAAAGUACCAGCAGAUUCUGGGCUGCUCCAGCGUCGAUCUGACCAACACGACCGACAUCUAUGCACGCUAUACGACUACAUUUCUCUGUAAUGCCAUCGUCCAGGCCUCGGUCGAAAAUUGCAGCUUGGACAGCGACAAUUCAACGCCGCUAUGUGCAGAUUCCUGUGCUCAAUUUGCCAUCAGCGAGCAGGAAAUAACCGCCAGCCCUGAAUUAUGCGGCACGCCAGGCACCAAUGCGAUUGAUCAAAUUCGAUCAGAUUUCAUCAGGUGUUCGCUGCCGUCGCGCUCGCUCAGCGGCGCCUGUGUCACCGCCGUGGAGAACGAGCCUGAUGAAUGCGGCUAUUCGUCUAACCUUCAGGGCCUCUGCUCCUUCUGCGCUUCGAGCUCCCCUAACUCCACCGACUCGUGCUGCGUCAAUGCGAAUGUCGAGUCGCGCUGUCAAGGUGUGCAUCUACCAACGACCACGUCGAUGCCGCCCCUUUUCACUUCGACGUCCUCUGCCGCGCCAACGGCAACAUCAGCCGCAGCAGGUUCGGGUUCGUCUUCCGGUCUUUCUGGAGGCGCAAUCGCAGGCAUUGUCAUCGGAUCGCUUGUCGGCGCCAUUAUCCUUCUUGGAGCCAUUAUCGCCGGCUGCGUCUUUAUGAGGAAGCGGAGACGAAGCCAAAACGGCAGUGUCUUCAACACCCCGUCCCCAACUCGCCAGUCUGUGCCUGCACCACCCAUGACCUACGGCGGAGACGGACAUUCUCCAACCACCAUCCUCCCUGGCGCUCGUGUGGCACGCAUGUCGGCACUAGAAGGAUCGAGCUCAUCGGAACAUCACGACUCUCGAGCAGGUGGUGCUCUAGGAGCUUAUCGUACUGUUCCUGAUGAUACUUACGAAUCUCCAGAUUCUGGCCGCAGCCAUCUCGGAGGACCCUUACCCAAGCGCGACGGAUCGCUAUCGAGCCAUUCUGCUCUUGCAGCUGGGAGUGACCAUUCUUCGCCUCAGUCAGGAUCUAACCCAGAUCGAAAUUUCUCCAGCCCUGAGGGCGUCGCAUCGGGGCAAUCUGAGCAAUUACAGUUUUUCAAGGACUAUUAUUCGCAAGAUGACAUCCACCCCAACGACACGGUCGCAACGCUAUGGGCGUAUCAGCCCCGAGCCAACGAUGAGUUCGAACUUGAGCGAGGCGAUAUGCUUAAAGUUGUUGGCAUCUGGGACGACGGGUGGGCCACAGGCGUCAAGGUUUCCGAGACAGCCGAAGAGUGGGAAGCACGAAGAGCUGUGCAACGCGACUCUGGCGUUAGUAACGGCAGCCGACAAUCACGCAUCGAAGCAGACAGCGAGAUUAAGGCAUUCCCGUUGGUGUGCGUGUGUUUACCACAGCACUGGCGGAAGACGAUUGAGGGAGACAGCACGGACACAGGGGGAGGGAGUGGAGGUGAUCGACCACCUCCCAGCCCUUAAUGACCCCUGUUUCCUGUUUGUUGACCGUCUUUAGUCGUUUCUUCUUCGUCUCCCUCUCCGAUCCCAUCGGUCGACCCUAUUCCGAUGGCGCCUCCUGCCUUGUCCAUCUCGAGAAGGCCUAGAAAAUCACGACCUCCUCCCCACCCCAUGACUCCGCCGGCCGGCCUACACUCCUCAGGCUCGAGCACUCUGAUCAACUCACCACACCGAAUAAUGCGACACGAUGAUGGCUAGUUAUGCUAUGCCCCGUUGAUUUGGAUUCUGAUUUCUGAUUCCGACUUUGGAUAUUUGAGGCCGUUUGAUACCCGUUUCGGAUUGCAUACCUCUUGGGACCUCGCAUUGCAUUGCUCAGCGCGCACUCCUACCAGCACCGCACCUGGUCGUCCCAUCACAUCGAUCGACCGAACGUAAUCAUAAUACCUCAGCCCACCACCUUCGACGUAGCGACGACACAUUUCCCUUUUCGCGCUUUCCUU